UAAACCCAGCAUUGUGCAGAGAUACCUGUAGUAGCAUGCAAGUAGACCACAGCAUGAUACAACAACAGACUCAAUCUGUCAAAGCUUAGCAAGUUAGCAUCAUCUAUAGCAUGUGGUGUGCACAUGCAAUCUUUGGGCUCUCUUCCGCCAUCCCUUGGGACGUUGAUCUCGGUCGACGAGCGAUCGACCUGCUCUGCGGUCGCUCUGAGCCCAGAAUUCAAGCCAACGCUCAAUCCGGCGAAAUGAACCCCCAAUCAUGGAGCUGUCAACUCCAUCCUCUUUCCUCCAUCCCAAUCACGAGACCCAACCAAACAAGGCGGGGUUGAACUGAAACGCGGCAAACUCCAGACUGACGCCAUACAUUAUUUCACCCUUGACUAUUAAUAAACUACACCCACAUAUCGACACGGUCCAGACAUUGGGCCUCAAGGUCGUUACUCCGUUUAAGAAGUGCUUGCUGAGAUGGCUUCGAAGCCCACGUCGGGCGCAAAGGCCGCAAGUCCAAGUCCAACCUCAGCAGCAACAGCAACCUCCGAGCUCCAAUCCUCCCUCCGCGAGCUCCACAUCGGCGAAAAGACCUCCUC